UAGAGAGAGAAAGAAGAGAGAGAGAGAGUGAGAGAGAGAGAGUUGUGGAGUUGUGGGGAAGAGGAGAGACAGGAUAACAAACCCAAAUAAUUUCAUUUCUUUCUUUCUCUCUCUUUUUUUUUAUUAACGUCUUCUUCAUAUGAAUGAACAUAUUUACUUACUUCCCUUCUUUAAAAUAUCAUUAAUAUAUAUAUAUAUAUAUCUCUCUCUCUCUCUCUGUAUCUGACCCUCUGAUCUGAUCAUUCUUUGCUAAAUAUGUCACCAUUUUAGCACUUUUUUUUUUCCACUCAAAACACUCGUAAAAAUCAACUCUUUUUCAACUUCCUCUUCCUUCUCUCUCCGCCGCCGGAACCGCCACCGCCGCCGCCGACAUGGCUUCCAAGCCUAAAUCAGAGACUCCUCCUCCCAACAAAGUCUCUCCAGCAACCCCUAGAGUUGCCAGACCAAGCAGUAGAGGAAUCGCUAAAUCAGAUUCUGAUUCACCUUCACCACUGCAAAAUUCUCGCCUUUCUUUGGAUCGGUCACCGCGCACGGUUGCUGCCAAACCCACCAUCGACCGCCGGUCACCGAAGCUCGCCACCCCACCUGAGAAACAACCUACUAGACUUGCCAAGGGAUCAUCAGAAUUGCAGAACAAUUUGAAUGCUGCUCAGGAAGAUCUAAAGAAAGCCAAGGAACAGAUAGCUUUGGCUGAGAAGGAAAAGACAAAGGCCAUUAAUGAAUUGAAAGAAGCUCAGAAAGUAGCUGAGGAGGCCAAUGAGAAGCUCAAAGAGGCUUUGGUUGCGCAGAAGCGAGCUGAGGAGAAUUCGGAGAUUGAGAAGUUUCGAGCUGUUGAGUUGGAACAGGCAGGAAUUGAGGCAACACAGAAGAAGGAAGAUGAGUGGCAUAAGGAAAUUGAGUCUGUGAGGAGCCAACAUGCUGUGGAUGUGGCUGCACUGCUCUCUACUACUCAAGAACUUCAGAGGUUGAAGCAAGAAUUGGCUAUGACUUGUGAUGCUAAGAAUCAGGCCUUGAGCCACGCCGAUGAUGCAACUAAGAUCGCUGAGAUUCAUGCUGAGAAGGCAGAGAUUUUGUCUGCUGAAUUGGCCAGGCUGAAGACUUUGCUUGAUUCGAAGCUUGAGGCUGAGACUAGCGAAAGCCAGAUGGUGUCGAAGCUCAAUGCUGAGAUGGAUUGUCUUAGACAAGAACUCGAGAAGGCGAAUAGUUACAAGGAAAAGCUAACCGAGAAAGAGACUUCUAUUGAACAGCUUAAUGUGGAGCUAGAAGCUGCGAGGAUGGCUGAAUCGUAUGCGAGGAGUGUGGUAGAGGAGUGGAAAGUCAAGGUUGAGGAAUUAGAGAUGGAGGUUGAGAAAGCACAUAAGAUGGAAAGAUCUGCAUCAGAGUCUUUGGAUUCGGUCAUGAAACAACUUGAGGGAAGCAAUGAUAUGUUACAUGAGGCCGAGUCUGAAAUCACUGCUCUUAAAGAAAAGGUGGGUCUUUUGGAAAUUACAAUUGGAAGACAGAAAGGGGAUAUUGAGGAGUCCGAACGUUGUCUUGGUAUUGCCAAGGAAGAAACUACUGAAAUGGCGAAAGCUGUUGAGUCGCUCAAGUGUGAGCUGGAAUCUGUGAAGGAGGAGAAAAUUCAGGCGUUGAAUAACGAGAAACUUGCAGCUUCCAGUGUUAAAAACUUGUUAGAAGAGAAAAACAAACUCAUAAAUGAUUUGGAGAAUUCAAGGAACGAAGAAGAAAAGAGCAAAAAGGCCAUGGAAAGUUUAGCCUCGGCCUUGCAUGAAGUCUCUGCUGAAGCAAGAGAAAACAAAGAGAAGUUGCUGGCCAAUCAAGCUGAGCAUGAUAAUUAUGAGUCUCAGAUAGAAGAUCUAAGAUUGGUCUUGAAAGAAACUAAUGAAAAGUAUGAAACAAUGCUCGAUGACGCGAAACACGAAAUCGAUCUUCUCAUCAGUUCCAUAGAACAUUCCAAAACUGAAUUAGAAAAUUCCAAGGUUGAGUGGGAGGAAAGAGAGCAUCAUAUGGUGACUUGUUUAAAGAAAUCAGAAGAGGAAAAUUCUUCCAUGGAAAAAGAGGUAAAUAGGCUGGUCAAUUUGCUCAAACAAGCAGAAGAAGAAGCAUAUGCUAUGAGAGAGGAAGAGGCCCUGUUGAAGGAUGGCCUGAAGGAAGUUGAAUCUGAGGUGAUUUACUUGCAGGAAUCUCUUUCGAAAGCAAAGGCCGAGAGCUUGAAACUCAAGGAGAGUGUAUUGGACAAAGAGAAUGAGUUGCAGAAUGUUAUUCAAGAGAACGAGGAGCUUCGAGCCAAGGAAGAUGCUGCUCUGAAGAGUGUGGUAUACAAAGAUAAUGAGUUGCAGUGUGUUAUUGAAGAGAACGAGGAGCUUCGAGCAAAGGAAGAUGCUGCACUGAAGAGGAUCGACGAAUUGUCCAAGUUACUUGAAGAAGCUUUGGUCAAGAAGCAAGCUGAGGAAAAUGGUGAGGUGACAGACAGCGAAAAAGAUUAUGACUUGCUUCCUAAGGUAGUUGAGUUCUCUGAAGAGAAUGGACAUGUGAGAGAAGAGAAGUCGAAAGUGGAGCUGCUGCCACCGCAUAAUGAGGAACAACAACCUAAGAUAGAGAAUUCCCAGCAAGAGAACAAGGAAUCGAAAGGGGAAGUUGUGCACUUCGAUUCAUUCAAAUUUGAGGCUUUGAACGGAAAACCCAAGGGAGAUGAUGUGAACAAAGAUAAAGAAGAUGAGACAGUAGAGGUAGAAUUUAAGAUGUGGGAGAGCUGCAAGAUUGAAAAGAAGGAGUUUUCGCCGGAAAGAGAAGCAGAACAUGAAUCCUUAGAAGAGGAAGUGGAGUCAAAGGUGGAUAGCGGCGAAGGUGGCUUUGAUAAGAUCAACGGAGUGUCUUCCACCGAAACCGUUGAAGAAGGAAGUGUCUCCCCAUCAAAGCAGCUACAGCAGAAGAAGAAGAAGCCUCUGCUCAAAAAGUUUGGAAGCCUACUAAAGAAGAAGGGUAGCAGCAACAGCAACCAGAAAUAGACUACAGUUUGGCUUGAAUUGCUCUCAGCUAUGAAAGCAGGUAUACUGAUUUUAUUUGGCAUCUAAAUGUGUUUGCUUUUUUUUUCUUAAUUUCCUUCUGAUUUCCAGAAUAGGGUCUAAAAAUGAAGAGGGUUGUAUCAUUCUCUAGGUUUCUUAUUUUAAUUUUUUUAAUGUUCCAAUGUUGUAUGUGAUGAUAUUUUUUUCCCCCUUCCA